AGAGCGCGUACAUGUGUAUCUCAGGUGCGCUUUUGUAUCUAUAGAGUCUCCAGAGCAAAAAGAAAAAAAUGGGUUGCUGCCCUUCGGUUUCUCAGUCCGAUGUCGGCAUCAUCGAGACAUGCGGUAAGUUUUCCCGCACCGCGGAGCCGGGCAUCCACUGCCUCUGCUGCGGCUCCACUCUAGUGCAAACCGUGACGUUGCGCCUGCAGGAGUACACGUUAAAAGUGGAGUCGAAAACGAAGGACAACGUCUUCGUGAACGUGUCGCUCAUGAUCCAGUACCAGGUGGCACCCGACAAGGUUGAAGCGGCCUAUUACACGUGCGAGUCCUCUGUGAUGUGCAUGCGCGACUAUGUGUUGAACUCCAUUCGCGCAAAGGUGCCGCUGUACAAGCUUGAAGCCCUCUAUGUGGAGCGCGGUACCAUCUCCCAACAGUUGAAGGACGAGGUCGGCGCGGUCAUCAACACCUACGGCAUCGAAAUUGUUUCUGCGCUCAUCUCCGACAUCGACCCAGGAGCCGACAUCACAACUGCCAUGAACGAUGUGCAGAAAUACCAGCGUCUCCGUGUAGCCUCCGAGGACGCGGCGGAGACGGAGAAGCUGAAGCGGGUGCGCGCUGCUGAGGCGCGCUGCGAGGCUCGCCGCCUCUCUGGUGAGGGUUUGGCCGAACAGCGCAAGGCCAUCGUGGCGGGCCUCAUGCAGUCGAUCGAGGAUGUGCAGAGCGAGGUGCGCGACUUGACCUCUGACGACGCGACAAACAUGCUCCUCAUGAACCAGUACUACGACACGCUGCAGGCGAUUGCAGCGAACAGCAAGUCCAGCGUGAUAAUGGUGGAGUCGAAUGGGGGACUGGAGAAGGUGGCUGCGCAGCUUCGCCAAGGUGUAACACAGAUGAUGAGGUAA